ACUCUUUCUGUGUCUUGUCUGCGCGUGUGUGUACGCGUCUCUGUCUGGAUACAGUUGUAGAGCCACUUCCAUAGUACUCUUUUGAAGCUUCCCAUCAGAUUCAUCCAUUCAUUCAAACACACAUCACUUCAAGAAUCAUCGCUUUCUCAUUCUCAUAAGAUCAUCAUCAUCACACACACAGAGAGAGAUCUGAAACCAAACCCUCACUCAUGAGUGCCAUUUAGUUUUUCACACUCAAACAAACAAAAAGGAUAUUAUAAUUAGUCUAGUUAUCAGAUAUGGCGUCAAAAAAAUCAUUAAGGGGAAGCCGGUCGUCUCUGUCAACAGUGUCUGAUGUAACCGACAGCCAGAAGCCUCCUUUACCUCCGACUGUAACAUUCGGCCGGAGAACUUCCUCGGGUCGCUAUGUCAGUUACUCUAGAGAUGAUCUUGACAGUGAGCUAGGGAGUACUGACUUCAUGAAUUAUAUCGUGCAAUUGCCCCAGACACCUGAUAACCAAAUUGAUAGCCAAAUUAUGGAUCCUUCAAUCUCACAGAAAGUUGAGGAGCAAUAUGUGUCAAACUCACUCUUCACAGGUGGAUUCAACACUGACAUUCGCGCCAAACUAAUGGAUAAGGUGAUAGAAUCUGAAGCAAACCAUCCGCAGAUGGCUGGUGUGAAAGGAUCUUCGUGCGCCAUUCCUGGUUGUGAUUCCAAGGUGAUGAGUGAUGAGCGUGGUGCUGAUAUUCUUCCAUGUGAGUGCGAUUUUAAGAUAUGUAGGGAUUGUUAUUUAGAUGCAGUAAAAAGCGGAGGAGGGAUAUGCCCGGGAUGCAAGGACCUGUAUAAGAACACAGAACUAGAUGAAGCGGCUGUGGAUAAUGGACGUCCGCUUCCUCCGCCGAAUGGAAUGUCUAAAAUGGAGAGGAGACUGUCCUUGAUGAAGUCAACAAAGUCAGCGUUGAUGAGGAGCCAAACUGGAGACUUUGAUCAUAAUCGGUGGCUCUUUGAGACUAAGGGGACCUAUGGCUAUGGCAAUGCUAUUUGGCCGAAAAAAGGAGGUAUUGGAAAUGAAAAAGAGCAUGAUGCUGUUGAGCCAACUGAGUUGAUGAGCAGACCGUGGAGGCCACUUACACGGAAACUCAAGAUACCUGCUGCUAUUCUGAGCCCAUAUCGCCUUAUCAUUUUUAUUCGUCUGGUUGUCCUGGCACUGUUCCUAACAUGGAGGGUCAGCCACCAAAAUAGUGAUGCAGUCUGGCUAUGGGGCAUGUCUGUUGUUUGUGAGUUAUGGUUUGCUUUUUCCUGGCUUCUGGAUCAGCUGCCGAAAUUAUGUCCGAUAAAUCGUUCCACAGAUCUUAAUGUUCUGAAAGAAAAAUUUGAAACACCAAGUCCUAGCAAUCCAACUGGGAAGUCUGAUCUUCCGGGCAUAGAUAUCUUUGUCUCUACUGCUGAUCCUGAUAAGGAACCACCUCUUGUCACUGCAAACACUAUCUUGUCUAUUUUAGCUGCUGAUUACCCUGUUGAGAAACUUUCUUGCUAUGUUUCUGAUGAUGGAGGCGCACUUCUAACUUUUGAGGCAAUGGCUGAAGCUGCCAGCUUUGCUAAUGUAUGGGUUCCCUUCUGCCGUAAGCAUGACAUAGAGCCCAGGAAUCCUGAAUCAUACUUCAACUUAAAACGAGACCCUUACAAGAACAAAGUGAAGCCAGAUUUCGUCAAGGAUCGUAGACGGUUGAAGCGUGAGUAUGAUGAGUUCAAGGUUAGGAUCAAUAGUUUGCCUGACUCUAUCCGUCGCCGGUCAGAUGCCUAUCACGCAAGAGAGGAAAUCAAGGUCAUGAAAGUUGAGAGACAAAACAGGGAUGAUGAACCUUUAGAAACUGUAAAGGUUCCGAAAGCGACAUGGAUGGCUGAUGGAACUUACUGGCCAGGGACUUGGUUGAGUCCGACAUCUGAUCACUCUAAGGGUGACCAUAAUGGUAUAAUUCAGGUGAUGCUGAAACCUCCCAGUGAUGAACCUCUUAUCGGGAGCGCUGAUGAUACAAAAUUGAUUGACCUGACUGAUAUUGAUAUCCGUCUUCCCCUUCUUGUUUAUGUUUCUCGAGAGAAGCGUCCGGGCUAUGAUCACAAUAAAAAGGCAGGGGCCAUGAAUGCCUUGGUUCGAGCCUCGGCUGUAAUGUCUAAUGGUCCAUUUAUACUCAAUCUUGACUGUGACCACUAUAUCUACAACUCCAAGGCAAUGAGGGAGGGCAUGUGCUUUAUGAUGGACCGUGGAGGUGACCGCCUUUGUUAUGUCCAGUUCCCCCAGAGGUUUGAAGGGAUUGAUCCCUCUGAUAGGUAUGCUAAUCAUAAUACUGUCUUCUUUGAUGUCAAUAUGCGAGCCCUCGAUGGACUUCAAGGGCCAGUCUAUGUGGGAACUGGGUGUCUUUUUAGACGGGUUGCACUUUAUGGUUUUGACCCACCCCGCUCCAAAGAGCACAGCCCUGGUUUCUGUACUUGUUGCUUUGGGCGUAAGAAGAAGCAUGCAUCAACGGCAAGCACCGCUGAAGAGAAUCGUGCACUGAGGAUGGGUGAUUCUGAUGAUGAAGAAAUGAAUCUGUCUACAUUCCCUAAGAAGUUUGGAAACUCAACUUUCCUCGUCGACUCAAUCCCAAUGGCAGAGUUCCAAGGCCGGCCACUAGCUGAUCACCCGGCUGUGAAAAAUGGGCGCGCGCCUGGUGCUCUCACCAUACCCCGCGAGCAUCUUGAUGCAUCAACUGUGGCAGAGGCCAUCAGUGUCAUCUCAUGUUGGUACGAGGACAAGACUGAGUGGGGGCAGCGCGUUGGGUGGAUCUAUGGAUCUGUGACUGAGGAUGUGGUCACUGGAUAUAGGAUGCACAAUAGGGGGUGGAAAUCAGUUUACUGCGUGACAAAGCGCGAUGCCUUCCGCGGAACUGCUCCCAUUAAUCUCACCGACCGGCUCCAUCAGGUCCUUAGAUGGGCUACCGGCUCGGUUGAAAUAUUCUUCUCAAGAAACAAUGCCCUUCUGGCUAGCCCAAGAAUGAAACUUCUUCAAAGAAUUGCAUACCUUAAUGUUGGGAUUUACCCUUUUACAUCCAUAUUCCUAAUUGUCUACUGCUUUCUCCCUGCCCUAUCCCUCUUCUCUGGCCAGUUCAUUGUCCAAACCCUCAACGUCACAUUCCUUUCUUAUCUGUUGGGCAUCACUUUGACUCUGUGCAUACUUGCAGUGCUCGAAAUCAAGUGGUCAGGCAUUGCGCUUGAAGAAUGGUGGAGAAAUGAGCAGUUUUGGUUGAUUGGAGGAACCAGUGCCCAUCUAGCAGCUGUGAUUCAAGGUUUGCUCAAAGUCAUAGCAGGGAUUGAAAUCUCAUUCACCUUGACUUCAAAAUCUGGUGGUGAUGAUGUAGACGACGAGUUUGCUGAUCUCUAUAUUGUGAAAUGGUCAUCCCUCAUGAUACCACCAAUCACGAUAAUGAUGGUUAACUUGAUCGCGAUCGCAGUCGGCGUUAGCCGAACCAUAUACAGUGUGAUACCACAGUGGAGUCGUCUGAUAGGUGGUGUUUUCUUUAGUUUUUGGGUGUUGGCUCAUCUCUACCCUUUUGCAAAAGGUUUGAUGGGAAGAAGAGGGAGGACACCUACCAUUGUUUUUGUAUGGUCAGGCCUCAUAGCCAUCACAAUCUCUCUUUUGUGGGUGGCAAUCAACCCCCCUGCUGGUUCUAACCAAAUUGGGGGUUCAUUCCAGUUUCCAUGAUUUUUGCCAGAUGAAUCAUUUUAUUUUUUCUAUUUUUUCUUUGGUCUCUUGAUUCUACAACAUCUUAAUGCUACUAUAGCUUAAUGGACUCAAGUUAUGCUGUCUAGUCUAUUGUGGUUAUGAAAUUUGUUUAGAACUUAAUUCCAGAAAUGAGAUCAUAUCUUAGCUGUCUGCUGACCAA